GUCCGGACUCCGGAGCACGCGUUCGUCUGUACUGCACACGUCCCAUAAGCAGCGCGCAGUUCUGUCUUUGACAUCGUUGCCGCCAUAACUGCUUAACUGCACAGUUUUGUUCAUCCACUUCUAAGCGCCUAUGUACCUCGUGAUGAAAAAAAAAUAAAUAAAUAAAAUCAAAACAACGUUAGAGGAGACAAAGAAAAAGUUUGAGCGGGAGCUCAUGCAGUGUUUUUGUCCGCGUAUGUGACUUGGUGAUGCGUGUAAGUGCAGGAAAAACGAAGGAUUUUUCGAUAAGAAUUCAAUCUGCAGUGCAUAUUUACGCGCCAGAAGAUUACGCGUUGCCGCCACUUAAGGCUCGUGUCAUGACGGCUUCCGAAUGCGCUGGUGGUGAAUUACAGCAAGCGAAACUCCGUCAACCGUUAGCUCGUAGGUUUCUCGAUGAGCAGCCAGCAACAUCGACAACUCGAUGCUGCUGCCGAGUCUUACUCGAGUAGUGCAGUAAUAUCUAGGAUCGUACACGAAAGAGGAUUUCCUCGACGACAUCUACGUCAAAAUGCCAAGUCGAAUGAAGAUGAAGAAUACUUACAAUCAAGUGGUGUUUGAGCGACGUAUUUUAUUCGGCUGCACAAUCUUGGUAGGCAUUGCAGUUUGCAUCUGGUCAGUAUCAAUUGCUACAAGUCAUUGGAUAGAGGCUCGCUCGCCUGACAACAAGGGCCUCGUUAUCGGCGAUCAGAACUCACCUAAUGGGACCAAACUUUUCUUUACUGGCCAUGCCGGGCUUCUAAGUAGUUGCACGACUGGAUUUUUUCACAGAAAUCGACACACCAAUGACACAGAUAUCGUUCCUUACAGCGAAUGCAAUCCGCACGAUAUGUUUUCCAACGAGCAGAAGUCUAAACGCCUGCGCAAACCUGAAGUAGACGAUACGUUAGUUAAUUACGCGAGAACUGACGUCUCGUUUGCCAUCAUUAGUACCUUUGUCAUGGUAAUGGGCUUUGGCUUUUCCAUCUACACUUUUCGGAAUCCUCGUUACACUUUCAAAAGGCUCGCUGGUGGUAUUCACUUCAUUACCUGUGCGUGCGUUAUGGUGGUGCUUCAGGUGUUCCUUCAGUCGGUCGAGUAUGGCAGCAAACGUGACAACUGGCUGUUUCCAAAAUUCUCAGAACUGCGCCAUGGUUACUCUUUCGUGCUCGCCUGGACAGUUUUUGCGGCCCAUUUGAUCAGCGCCUUGGCGUUCAUGCUCUACUCGCGAAAACGUAAACGCGGCCGGGCCGCCACUGAAGAGCUUGCUAUGGCUGACGAACCGACUAUCAUGGGGCGUUGAACGGAAUAAAAUGCAACGACGAAUGAAAAAAAUCGUUCAUUAAAAUUUUCGUGCUUAUUAUGCAAAUAUUUUUGGAUUUUCUCUACUAGUAACACACGAACUAAUAAACUCUAAAUAUUUUCUAAAAUCUCGUAAUGUUUUACAAAAAAAUUAAGCAAUUAAAACUGUACUGAUUGAUUUUGAAAGCCCGUAAAUUUGAAUACAUGCUUCUAACACAUUGUUAUUAUCGCACAAAUAUCAACAAAGAUUGAUAAACUGUACAUAUAUUUAUUCAUGACUUAUCAGAUAAAUUUAUAACAAUAACAUGUAAUAUGAUUUUGAAUGUUGAAUAUGUUACAAAUAUUAUAACUGGCGAGGGUGAUCGUGUUUCUCCUGUUGCAUGUGAUACGAUAUGGAAUGUUAAAUUAACAAUUAUGCGUAUACCCUAUGACGAACAAUUACUUCGACUGUGUAUAAUAUCAAUUUACAUGUAAUGCGGGUUUUCUAGUAAUAUGAACACAAUUUUAUAACGUUCAUUUUACGAAAGGAAAAGGAGAAAACAGAACGUAAUACGGCGAUACCAUUAAGUAUGUAUAUUUGUGUAAAUAUAUUGUUAUAAAAAAUUUUUCUUUACGCUCUUAUGUUCUCAAUUACUUUCAUUAUAAUUAUAAAAUUUGUUCUUAGUCGUGACUAUUAAAACUGUAUAAAAAGAC